AUGACUAAAGAACAACAAGUCUGGGCCCACGAAGAAGGCACUCCGCCUCACAGUCUAGCGGACUAUGGUAUCAAGGAGAAGGCGUCUGGGUCGGCCCUUGUCAAGCCUGCCUUCGAGGGCCACCAAGUCGAACUGGAACGCAACUUUUCUAUGCUGUCGGCACUAGGUCUCGCGUUUGCGCUCCUAAACUCGUGGACUGCGAUGUCCGCCUCCCUCUCAGUCGUUCUUCCUAGCGGUGGCUCAGUGUCUAUGCUCUGGGGCCUUUUGACCAGUGCUUUCGGUGCCAUGGUUAUGGCGUUAUCACUGGCCGAGAUUACCCACAACCUGCCAAUGUCCGGAGGCCAAUAUGAUUGGACAUAUAUCAUGGCUCCCGCUGGCUACAAGAAUGGUCUCUCAUUCUUCACUGGCUGGAUGGCAAAUGCCGGUUGGAUUGCGCUGGUGGCGACGGCGUCCUCGCUUGGCGCCAACUUUGUCUAUGGCGUGGCUUACCUCUGGAAAGAGUUUGAGCCAGCGCCGUACCAAAACUUCCUGCUCUACUUGGCCUUCACCCUCUGGGCGACCCUCCUUAACGUCUUUGGCAUCCAUCUCCUCCCAAUCGUGGACUCUACGGCCGGUCUGUGGUCUCUGGUCGGCAUUGUUGUUGUUAUUAUCACUCUCCUUGCCUGCUCUAGCGGUCACUACCAGCCUGCCAAGGACGUGUUUGCCCGAUGGACCAACACAACUGGCUGGCCGGACGGGAUGGCAUUCAUUCUUGGUUUGCUCCAAAGCACGUUUGGCCUCACAGGCUUCGAUGCUGUCACGCACAUGAUUGAAGAGAUGCCUCGGCCGUCCAAGAAUGCGCCAAAAGUGAUGGUCAUUGCGGUCAUUCUCGGCUCCACCACUUCGUUCGUCUUCAUGGUAGUCAUUCUUUUCUGCCUCAGGGACUGGGACGAGGUCCUCACGUCGACCACUGGUCCCCUCCUCCAGGUCUACUACCAAGCGACAAACUCCAAGAUUGGUGGCACGUGCCUCAUCGUCUUCAACAUUGGCUCAAUGCUGUUCGCCGCGCAGGGGCUUACCACCGUCGCUUCGCGCAUGCUCCUCUCGUUUGUGCGUGAUCGCGGUCUCGGCAAACUUUCGCGUCCCCUCGAGCCGGUUCACCCAAAACUCAAGGUUCCCGUCUGGUGUAUCCUAUUUGUUUCAGGCUGGGUUGGCUGCUUCGGUCUCAUCGAACUCGGGUCGAGCGUUGCCCUCAACGCCAUCCUGUCGGCGUCGCUUGUCUUCCUUCAGAUAUCCUACUUUGUCCCGAUCUUUCUACUCCUCAUUCGCGGUGACCGAGCGUUCAACAACUACAACAAUGACGCCGUUUGGUCGUUGGGCAAGUGGCGUCGUCCCAUCAACGCAAUGGCCUUGAUCUUCAUCACCGUCACUACCGUGGUGUUCCUCUUCCCGCCUUUCAUCCCCGUUACCAGCGCGUCACAGAUGAACUUUGUCGUCGUUGUCUUUGGUAUCGUCAUGGUCAUGUGUCUGGCCACAUGGCUCAUCGACGGUCGCAAACACUUCAAUGGUCCUAGUGACCUCAACAUGCGUCUCGCGAUGGGCAAAGAGGCCUAG